UUUGAAGAUGAAACGCGCUCAGAGUCUCUCCAGGGCCCUGGGCUGGCAUCCUCUACAAAGGGAGGGGUGCGGGCCACUCCACCAUGAAAGCACCCUCCCCUGAGGCGCUGCAGCCGGCUAACCGCCCAAGCCCAUAAAGUAAAAAUUGCCCCAACCCAUCUGCAUAGCCAAGCCCCUCCAGAGACGGAGCAUAAAUAGGACUGGGGCGCCCAGAGGAGCAUUGUCCGGGUGUCCAGCAGGCAUCCAGAGCUCCUCUCCUGUCCUCCGCAGCCCCAACGUUCGAAAAGCACCAUGACCUGCGGAUCAGGGUUCUGCGGCCGCGUCUUCAGCUGCGCCUCGGCCUGCGGGCCCCGGCCCGGCCGCUGCUGCAUCACCGCCGCCCCCUACCGCGGCGUCGCCUGCUACCGCGGCCUCAGCCAGGGCUUCGGCAGCCGCAGCCUCUGCGGCGGAGGCUUCCGCGCUGGCUCCUGCGGCCGCAGCUUCGGCUACCGCUCGGGCGGCGUGUGCGGGCCCAGCGCCCCCUGCAUCACCACCGUGUCGGUCAACGAGAGCCUCCUGACGCCCCUCAACCUGGAGAUCGACCCCAACGCGCAGUGCGUGAAGCACGAGGAGAAGGAGCAGAUCAAGUGUCUCAACAGCAAGUUCGCCGCCUUCAUCGACAAGGUGCGCUUCCUGGAGCAGCAGAACAAGCUGCUGGAGACCAAGCUGCAGUUCUUCCAGAACCGCAAGUGCUGCGAGAGCAACCUGGAGCCGCUGUUUGAGGGCUACAUCGAGACGCUGCGGCGGGAGGCCGAGUGCGUGGAGGCCGAUAGCGGGCGGCUGUCGUCGGAGCUCAACCACGUGCAGGAGGUGCUGGAGGGCUACAAGAAGAAGUACGAGGAGGAAGUUUCCCUGAGAGCCACAGCUGAGAAUGAGUUUGUGGCCCUGAAGAAGGACGUGGACUGCGCCUACCUGCGCCGCUCAGACCUGGAGGCCAACGUGGAGGCGCUGACGGAGGAGAUCGACUUCCUGCGGCAGCUGUACGAGGAGGAGAUCCGCGUGCUGCACGCCCACAUCUCUGACACCUCGGUCGUGGUCAAGAUGGACAACAGCCGGGACCUGAACAUGGACUGCGUCAUUGCUGAGAUCAAGGCUCAGUACGACGACAUCGCCACCCGCAGCCGGGCUGAGGCCGAGUCCUGGUACCGCAGCAAGUGUGAGGAGAUGAAGGCCACGGUGAUCCGGCACGGGGAGACCCUGCGCCGCACCAAGGAGGAGAUCAACGAGCUGAACCGCGUGAUCCAGAGGCUGACGGCCGAGGUGGAGAACGCCAAGUGCCAGAACACCAAGCUGGAGGCGGCCGUGACGCAGUCUGAGCAGCAGGGCGAGGCGGCCCUGAGCGACGCCCGCUGCAAGCUGGCGGGGCUGGAGGAGGCCCUGCAGAAGGCCAAGCAGGACAUGGCGUGCCUGCUCAAGGAGUACCAGGAGGUGAUGAACUCCAAGCUGGGCCUGGACAUCGAGAUCGCCACCUACCGCCGCCUGCUGGAGGGCGAGGAGCAGAGACUCUGUGAAGGCGUUGGGGCUGUGAAUGUCUGUGUCAGCAGCUCCCGGGGCGGGGUCGUGUGCGGGGACCUGUGCGUGUCGGGCUCCCGGCCGGUGACCGGCAGCGUGUGCAGCGCCCCCUGUACCGGCAACGUGGCGGUGAGCACCGGCCUGUGCGCGCCCUGCGGCCUGGGCGCCAGCAGCAUCAGUUGCAGAAAAUGUUAAAAGAUCUGAAGUCAAACCCUGCGCCCCGGUCGCCUCUCUAGCUCCGCCUGGCUCUUCCCUGCCUGCGUUUUGAGAAGUUCCUUCUGCUCUGGCCUCUCAUUUCCCUGGAAGCCGCUCCUUGGGGGCUCUGGAGCCCCCCACUAAGAAGUGCCAGAAAGAGGGGUCCACAGGAAGGGGGCGCCCGAGCAGAGAGCGCCAGGAACCAGGACCCGACCUGGGGCUACCAGACUGCCAGCCCUUCCCUCCCCUCUCUGUCUUGUCCAUCCAUGUUUUCGUCGGUGUUUUCCCCAAUAAAUCAAUGCCGUCA